UGUUCAUACCAUCAGCAGCUUUUACACUUGCUUGUUAAACUGAAAGCAUGUUUCUUGCAAAGGCUAUUUUGGAAGGGGCAGAUCAAGGUUUGGGAGGAGCUCUUGGAGGCCUUCUCGGAGGAGGCGGUCACAGAAGAGGAGGAAGAAAUAUUGGAGGCAUAGUUGGAGAAAUUGUGAAUAUUAUCAGUGAGGCUACCGCAGCUCAGUAUACUCCAGAACCACCUCCCACUCAGCAGCAUUUCACCAAUGUGGAGGCCUCUGAAAAUGAAGAAGUUAGGCGGUUUCGGCAACAAUUUGCACAGCUGGCUGGACCAGACAUGGAGGUGGGUGCCACUGACCUGAUGAAUAUUCUCAACAAAGUCAUUUCUAAGCACAAGGAUCUGAAGAGCGAUGGCUUUAGUAUUGACACCUGCCGGAGCAUUGUGUCUGUCAUGGAUAGUGACACAACUGGGAAACUGGGCUUUGAAGAAUUUAAGUAUCUGUGGAACAACCUCAAGAAAUGGCAGUGUGUUUAUAAGCAGUAUGACAGGGACCAUUCCGGGUCUCUGGGAAGUUCUCAGCUACGGGGAGCUCUGCAGGCAGCGGGCUUCCAGCUAAAUGAACAACUCUACCAGAUGAUCGUCCGCCGGUAUGCUGAUGAAGAUGGAGGUAUGGAUUUUAACAAUUUCAUCAGCUGCCUGGUUCGCCUGGAUGCCAUGUUUCGUGCCUUCAAGUCUCUGGAUAGAGAUGCAGAUGGCCUGAUUCAGGUGUCCAUCCAAGAGUGGCUGGAGCUGACCAUGUAUUCCUGAAGCGAGCAAUGAGAAGUCAAGACCCUGCCCGGAGGACUGGACUGUGUAAAGUCUCACCAUGCAGUCCACACCGUUGCUGAGACCCCGCCCAACUGCUUCACUUCCUGGCAAGCUCUUUCACAACCCUCCAUAUUUCUGAUCGUGUGCUACCCUUACUGCUUAAU